AUGCUUUUGUUUGUUUGCUUGUUCUUCAAGGACGCGGGUCAGAAACAUUUUGGGAUGACGAUAUGUAAGUCUUGCGGCAUGAUCUAUACUGCUUCCAACCCUGAAGACGAAAUGCAGCAUCUCCAGCAUCACCACAGGUUUCUGGAGGGAAUUAAAUAUGUGGGCUGGAAAAGAGAGCGGGUAGUAGCACAGUUUUGGGAUGGGAAGAUUGUGUUGGUCCUGCCACAGGAUCCAAGUUAUGCAAUCAAAAAGGUAGAAGAUGUCCAAGAGCUUGUGGAUCUGGAAUUGGGCUUCCAUCAGGUUGUUCCCAUGUGUCCAAACAAAACCAAAACUUUCCUCUUCAUUGAUGAAAAGAAAGUAGUGGGCUGUUUAAUAGCAGAGCCCAUCAAACAG